AUGUCGAAAGUCGUAAGAAGUGUCAAAAAUGUCACCAAGGGAUACAGCAGCGUGCAGAUCAAGGUGCGCAAUGCGACUUCCAAUGAUCCAUGGGGCCCGACGGGCACAGACAUGGCAGAAAUCGCAGCUCUGACCUUCAACAAUCCCAGCGACUUCUACGAGAUCAUGGAUAUGCUCGAUAAGCGCCUCAACGACAAGGGAAAGAAUUGGCGACAUGUGUUAAAGUCGUUGAAGGUCCUCGACUAUUGUCUACACGAGGGCUCCGAACUGGUGGUGACCUGGGCCCGGAAGAAUAUUUACAUCAUCAAGACCUUGAGGGAGUUUCAAUAUAUCGACGAAGAUGGCAAAGAUGUUGGCCAGAAUGUUCGUAUCUCUGCGAAGGAGUUGACAUCUCUCAUCCUGGAUGAGGACCGUCUCAGAAGCGAACGCUCGGAUCGCAAGCUAUGGAAGGCUCGAGUCAGCGGAAUCGACGAAUAUGCCCCCCAGGCAAUCGCCGGCCCUGUUCCGCGACCGAGGCAGCGCGCCAGGAGUGGAGCAGAUGAUGAAUAUGAUUCCGAGAUGCAACAAGCUCUCGAAAUAAGCAGAAGAGAAGCCGAACGAGAAGCACGCAAUAAGCCGCGACAACCCACCAACGAGGUUGACGAGCAAGAUCCGGAGCUGAAGCGAGCCAUACAGCUCAGUAAGGAAGAGGCUGAUCUCCGUGCGCGCCAGCUUGAGGAGCAAAAUGCCGCCUCGCUGUUUGACGAUACUCCUGCGCCAGCUCAACCUCAGCCCACCGGCUAUAACCAAGGCUAUCAGCAGCAGCCAGCGGUUGAUUGGUUUGGAAAUCCGCUUCAACAACAACCCCAAAGCACUGGGUAUUUGAGUAAUCAAUAUGCGCAACCACAACAAACGGGAUUUCAGACUGCCUUCACAGGAGGUUACGUUCCCACGCAGCCCACUGGAUACGAUCAAUUUGGCCAGCAGCCUUUCCUACAGCAGCAGAAUACCCUUCAACCACAACAGACUGCGUUCCAGACCAACAAUCCAUAUGGCAUGCCAACUGGAGCGGAGCUUUUCGGAGCGCAGUCACCUCAGCAGCAGGCUGGUCUGCAGCCAGGGACGAACAAUCCAUUUGCCGCUCAGUCGCCGCAAGCUGCUGACCCACUCAAGCCCCUGCCUACGGGCUCGAACAAUCCUUUUGCCCAAAGGACGCAGCAAUCCUCGCCUUCGCCCUUCAACCGAACCCACACUCAGCCUUCGCUUGGAACACUCUUCGAGUCGCAACCCACCACGCAGUACAGCCAGCCAUCGCAGCCAAAUCCAAUCCAGAAUUAUGCUAUCCCACAGCCAUCUUUCCAGCAGCAGCAGCAACCACAGAAGCCAGUCAACCCCCAGCACGCAAAGCUCAACGCGUUAUUGGCCUCAGGAGAAGGCCAGGACACCUUUGGCAAUACGGGAGACUUGCGUAUCCCUGCCCAACACACCGCUCCUGGUACUUUUGUCAAUUCAGCCGGACAGGGUAUGGAUCGUCUCCGUGCGGCACAGACCGGGACGAAUCCGUUCUUUUCAGCCCAGGCCACCGGCUUUGGUCAAGCUCAAGGUGGGUUUGGUCAGCAAGUUCCCUCUCAAACGGGACCUGCGGGUGCAUUUGGUGGCGGGUACGGGCAACAAGCCAACAGUCCUUUUGGGGGAAGACCAGUCGGCCAACAGGGUGGUAGCUUGAUCGACUUGUAG